AUGCCGGGCAUGUACGCUACCGUGGGCUUUCCCGUGCAGCGGCAAAGUAAAAGUGUAUACGUUCCCAAAUCGGCGGUGGUCGUCUCCAUGGAAGGCAGCUACGUCAUAACGGUGGUAAAGGGGAAAACGCAUUGGGUAACGGUACAAACGGGUAAUGAGGCAAACGAUCAGAUUGAAGUGAUUGGUGACCUUAAACCCACUGAUGUGGUCCUGCUGAAAGGAUCGGAUGAUAUUCGUGAUAAUACCGAGAUUAAAACAGUGACCGAACCUAUUGUCGCGCGACAUUAA